CCAGCUUUUGAAUUUAUGAGAUUCGGAGCGGUUUGAAGCGGUUUAAGGCGAUUUGAGUGAUUGUUGCAAACCGCCGACAACCGCUACCGACCGCAAAAGCUGCGUUUGCGGGUGGUAGCGGGAAAACCAAUCGCCACCUUAGAAGUAAGAAAACUUAGUUACAACUUCCAUUCCAAUACUUCUUGGUGUUAUUAACAACUUGUCUUUUUAUAAUUAUUCUUAUUCUGUUGAAAAGAUGGAUAACUGAAAUUUCUUUGCUUAUGUUUAGAUUGAAAAGUUUAGGAUUUGUAUUUUCGGGGUUGAAGUUUAUUAAUUAUUGACUUAGGAAACCCAAAGUGGUAUCUAGCAAGUUGAUUUCUCACCGUAACAAUACUUGCCACUCUUGGUACUAUCUUUUGUGAGAAACAUGUUAUAUGCCUUCGCUUUCAUGUGGGGAAAAAAAGAUCAUGUACAUCCCUAAAAAUAAUUAUGUUAAAUCCGUGGUGGCUAGAGAAACUUGAAUUUGAGUAGACGUUCAUAAAUUUUUCUGUUUAACUAAGUUUCAAAAAGUAGUAUUUGCACUGCAUAAUAAUAUACUAGAUAAAAACAUGCACCCUAUGCAGAAUAACAAAAUUUAUAAAAUGUUUAUGUUACGAAUUUUGUUUUUAUAAUAUGUAACAAAGUUUAUCAAACCAAUUACUUAAGAGGAAAUUUAGUCAUAAUAACUAGUGAAAACAUAGAACAAAGUCAUAAUUAAUUUACCAGGUCUUGUGCCAAAACUAUGAACUCAAAACAAAACAUUUUAGUUAUAUAAUUUCAAUCCAGCACUAAAUAUAUUUUAUUCCAUUUUGAACUAAUAUAGAUUAUUGUUGUGACUGCGUAUUGAUUAUCCAUACAAAAAAUCAUGAAGACUUAUAAUUUGUGCAUCACUCAAAUUUUAAAUAAGAUAUAUCUAUCACACUAAUUUAAGAGCUACAAUAAAUGUAUAUAUUAAUGUUUGACAAUAUAUGUUAUUUAUAUAACAAUAAAUUUAAGUUUAAAUAUUUCAAAGAAGAUAUCUUUAUACAUGUUGUAUCAUAAGUCAUAACUUAAAACAUUUGUGUCAUUAAUGUUUCUUUCUAUAAGGUGUACUUUUGUUGACAUUUAAUUUAGAUAUGUUAUUUUUACUAUGAAUAAAAUGAAUAAAUUGUGAUAGUGUAUAUAUUUUUUUAAAUACUUCUAAAGAUUAUAUAUACACAAAUUUAUAUUUCUAAAAAAAAUAUUUAUGCUUUUUUUUUCUUUUCUCCCUCGCAUCAGUAUAUUUACGCAAUUUGUGAAUGAAUUUAAAAAAAAAAAUUCAAAUGUAUUGUAGUUUUCAAAAUUAAUAAAAUUGAGUUACAAAAUUUUCAUAUUAUCUAAGCUCAUGUUACACUAAACCUAUUAGUUAUAAUAAUAUAUGUUUGUCUCGGUUACAUUACAUAAAGUAAAUAUUAUUAAAAUGGAUUAACCUCAUAUAGUACAAAUUUUAUGAGUUUUUAAUAUUUAAAAAAAAACUAAAAAAUUUAUUUAGUUUUAUUUAUCUUUGUCGAAAUACAAAUAGACCAUAUGUUUAAUAUUGUAUUGGUACUAUAUGUUAAAUAAGACCACUGUUAAUAUUGGUAUCUACAUAAACAUAUUAAAUUGAUGUUUUGUAAGCUUUUUUGGUAAACGAUACCUUGUAAGUAGGCCUUUUCAAUCCGGAUUUCGGUCCUGUUUUGGUAUGUUUUUUUUUAGUUUUUUUUUGGUAUUUCGGUGUAUAAAAGUUAGCUACCAUAUUGAAUCUAUAUCUAAUUUGGUUUGGUUCGGUUUAUAUACCAUUGAUUUUUGUUUUAUAUGGUUUUAUACCAAAAAACCAUAUAACUAUAUUUAUCUUUGAUAAUAAACUAGUUUAUAUGAUUAGAAAUCAGAUUUAUCAAAACAUAAAUAUAUUCUUUACUCAAGAUUUUAAAUAUAAAAUUUUCUGUUUUAUUUACCUUUCAAAAUAAAAAUAAGAAAAACAUUAAUAUCAUACUAUUAAUAUAUAAAUAUAUUUUAGCACAAAUAUUUACCAAUAAAAUAAAAUUUUAUUUAAUUUGAUGAAAAUAAGAAAAAAAACUUUUUAACUUAAACAAAAUAAAAAAAUUAAUAAAAUCAUUUUAUAGUUAGGAAUAUAAUAUUGAUAAAAAGUUAUGCAUAUAUUAUUAAUUUUAUUAUAAAAUAUAUAUAUAAAUAUACUAGUAUAUUUUAUUAAUCAGUUUAUUCGGUUUAUUUGGUUGGAUCGGUUUAUAUACCGAAUCAUAUCCAUAUGCUGCGGUUUUUUUAAAAUAACAUUCAUUCCGUCUAUUCUAUUAUGUACUAUCAAAUCCAAAUUACUUUAUUUAUUUCGGUUUGAUUUGGUUUUAAUUGGUUAAGGAGUAUGGGUCUAAAUAUAUCAUCAAAGUUGCAGCCUGAAACAAAGUACAAAUCCAACAAAGGAUCGUUAAUGGCACUUUUGAUUUUGUCGGCACCAAAAGAAAACAAUAAUCAAAUUGUUGUUGACAAAAACCCAAUAUCUCUAACUUUCGGUUACAACAGUAAUAUUAUAGUUUUGAAAUAUGGCUGCGAAGUUUUAUAUGUACAAUAAAAAGAAAAGAUAAAGUCAAAUAGGGGAUGUCCAAAAGAGAUGCGAGGAAUCAGCAACUAAUGGCAUGUGAGUUAAAACGAAACACAAAGCAGACAAACUAUUUGUGCUCAACACCGUCACGACUCACGACCAAUCUCCCCAAUGACUUCGUAACUAUUUACACUUCAUUGCCUUAAUCGCAUCUCUUUUGACAAGUCAUCACUCUUCACCUUUUCUUUUAUAUAAAAGCAUUUAUUAUUUAGUUUUUUGUUGCACCACCCCAAAAUUAUUAAAAAGUCAAAUCUAUAUACGUUCCUCGUUGUUGUCUGAUAAGUCAUAACAAUAAAUAAUAAAUAGAGACAGCUAUCUAAAAAGAGUUUACAAAUAUUUGUAUUUUCCGUGUUUUGACUUUGUAAUAAUUCUUAAUAUUUCUCCUACCCUUCAUAUUUAAACCCAACCCUCCUUGUCUCUUCUUCCUAAACCAAUUCUCAUCUCUUAAAUCUCAACUACUGCAUUUUAAAGCAAAAGUUUCAUUUCUUGAGAUUCGAUUUUAUUUCAUCAAGCUUUACUAUUUUUCAUAUUUUCUGGCUAGUCAAAAUGGAUCAAGAAAUAGAGAUUCCUUCUUUCUUUCUAUGUCCGAUCUCUCUAGAUAUCAUGAAGGAUCCGGUGAUAGUUUCAACCGGAAUAACCUACGACAGAGAUAGCAUCGAGAAAUGGCUCUUCACUGGUAAGAAAAACUCAUGUCCGGUCACCAAACAAGUCAUAACCGAGACCGAUCUCACACCAAACCACACUCUUCGUCGUCUGAUCCAAUCUUGGUGUAGUCUCAACGCAUCACACGGCAUCGAGACAAUACCAACCCCAAAACCUCCAAUCUCUAAAUCCGAGAUCGAAAGACUCAUCAAAGAUUCUUCAUCUUCACAUAAAAACCAAGUUAAAUACCUCAAAAGACUUCGCCAAAUAGUAACAGAGAAUAAUACGAACACGAGAUGCUUAGAAGCCGCAGAAGUUCCAGAGUUCUUGGCAAAUAUCAUCAGCAACUUAGUAGGUACUUCAUCGAGUCUCAAUGAUAUCUCAAACAUAUUGGAGAAUAGGUUUGAUUCUUCAAGAAGCUUAAUGGAUGAAGCUUUAAGUUUACUCUAUCAUCUUGACGCAUCGGAGACAGCCCGCAAGAGUCUUUUAAACAACAAGAAGGUAACAAAUAUUGUGAAGACGUUGACUAAGAUUAUGCAACGUGGGAUCUACGAGUCAAGAACCUAUGCAACUUUGCUUCUCAAGAAGAUUCUUGAAGUUGCGGAUCCGAUGCAAAUCAUAUUGUUGGAACGUGACCUUUUUAAUGAGGUGGUUCAGAUCUUGCAUGACCAGAUCUCUCACAAGGCAACGAAGUCAGCAAUGCAAAUCUUGAUGAUUAUAUGUCCAUGGGGAAGGAAUAGACAUAAAGCUGUGGAAGCUGGAGCGGUCUCCAUGAUAAUCGAGCUUCUUCUGGAUGAAAGUUUCUCAUCAGAGAGAAGGAAUGUAGAGAUGACGAUGGUGGUUCUUGAUAUGUUAUGUCAGUGUGCAGAAGGAAGAGCUGACUUCUUGAAUCAUGGUGCGGCUAUUGCGGUCGUGUCUAAGAAGAUAUUGAGGGUCUCUCAGAUAACUAGCGAAAGGGCGGUUAGGGUUUUGCUUUCUGUUGGGAGGUUUUGUGCGACACCAUGUUUGUUACAAGAGAUGUUGCAACUGGGAGUUGUAGCGAAGCUGUGUCUGGUGCUUCAAGUGAGUUGCGGAAACAAGACUAAAGGAAAGGCAAAGGAGUUACUUCAGCUUCACGCUAGGGUUUGGAGGGAAUCACCUUGUGUCCCAAGAAAUUUAUAUGCUUCGUAUCCUGCUUGAACAGCAUAUUUAUUAACUCUCAUCCGAUACAUUCAAUUCUAUGAGAGUUAUUCUUCGGAUAAGUUCAUUAAGAAAAGAAGAAAAUUAGACUGGUUUUAUUUUUGCUCAAAUUCAGUUUUUUCUUCUGCUUUUGUUAUAUCUUUCAAAGGUUCAUCAUCAUCAUGUAGAUAACAAUUGGAAAUUUUCAUGAAAUUAUGAGAUACUGCAAAGACAUAAAUGGAAUCACAAGUUACAUGGCUAUUGUUUCCCACUUGCUUGUUCAUUACUGUUAAACUGUUUAUUUGUAUGCUUCUAUAUUGCUCAUUUCCCUAGACCGUCUCUAUCAAUUUAUAAUUUUUAUCGGGUAGAUAACCUAGAAGAUUACAUCAUAGUUAACUUAGAGAUAUGGAUGCAUCAUGCAUUCAUGCUAUCAUGUGUAACGUGUCUGAGCAUUUAUGUCCGUGGAAGUAACAUUGCGAACGUUUAUGUCCGUAUGUCCAACAUCUUUAAGUCUCUAACCCCACUGUUGAUUAUUUUGUAUGGUUUCAUUACAUAUCGACUUCGAAGACAUGUAUCAUGCUUUCAUCUGACGACUAAUUUCGAUUCAAUUUUAUAAGCUUUGUUAUCUGAUUUUGUAUCUUUAAUUUGUUUUCACUUGUCAUGAUAUACCGAAGUCAAUAUAUUUUCAGGUCAUUCAUUUCAAAAAAAAAUAUUUAUUCAUUUCAAAAUUAUUUUCAAAAACUCAACAUAAUAUAUAUGUACAAUUUAACGAUCUUUUGACAUAUUAAUAUCGGUAGAUGAAAGGAAAAGAGAUCUGAAAAUGUAAAUACAAAAACUUAUAAAGAUAUAUCUUGAUAAAAAACUUAGCAUUCAAAUUAAAAAACUUAGCAUUCAAACUUAUAAAGAUAUAUAUAUAUAUAUAUAUAUAUAUAUAUAUAUAUAUAUAUAUAUAUAUAUAUAUAUAUAUAUAUAUAUAUGAAUCCUAAGCACGUAAACGCAAUUUUAUAUAACACGAAUCUCUGUAACUACAUACCUCGGUUCUAGCAAUCAGGGAACAUGGUCUUGGUGGGAACAUGAGUACAGUGUCGUUUGUUGCUCAAAAAAAAAAAAAAAAAAAAAGAGUACAGUGUCGUUUAUUGUGAGAAAUAAAUUUAUUUUUGGUGCUACUAGUUCAAUAUAUAUAAAUAAAUAAAAAGUAUAGGUGAUUUAAUUUGAAACAAUUACACUCAAAGACAGUUUUAAGUUUUUUAUCACACUAUUAGACAGUUCUUACUACUAGAGCAGUUUUUUCUAACCAAACCUAAUUUAUAUCUAUACACUAACUAAAAGUCCUAACUAAAUAUUAUUAUUUUAUUUUAUUAGCCAAAAGAAAACUAUUAGGAAACUAUGGUCACAAUCACUUUUUUAUCUCUCUCUCUCUCUCAUAGUUUUAUUCUUGUUUUCUUUUGUCGUGAACCAUUUGGUUUUAAUUUCCACUAAAGAAAUGCAAAGUGCUAUUUCAAAGAUAGAUCUGGAGAUUUUCACUCACUUUUAGUUUCUGGUGCUAACCGUUCUGAAUCUACCGUCGAAGCUCUGUCGCCAUCUUCUUCAUCAUCUUCACCUCUGCAUCUCUUCCGCUUCAAUCAAGCUCUUCUAUAAAUAUCAGCCAUCGUCUAAACUAUCAUAGGAGAGAGAAAGCUUAAGCAACAAUGGUAAAUCCCUUAAAAAAACAAUGGUAAAUCUCUCUGGCGUGAAGUGAUUGUGUCACGAUCUCGAACGCGAGUAACCUUAAGCACAGUAGCUUCUUUGCCUGAGCCGCUACACUCGUCUGUCGAGCUCCAAUCACAGAGAGAAAGCUCAAGCAACAAUGGUCAAAUCUCACAUAUUUGCACAUUUAGUCCUUGGGUAUUUAGGUUUAAUUUGAUUUUGUCCCAAACUCUUUGAUUUCAAAUAUAUCCUAUCUAAUUGACCCCUAUACUUCAAAAUAUGCAUUCUAGCCCCUAUUUUGAUGGAGAACUUUGGGUUUUUCAUUUCUAGUCCCUCAUAUUUUGCAUCCUUUCAUUUUUGACCCCAAAAUUUCCAAAUUUACAUUUUUAAUCCUCUAAUGAACAAACAAAUGAUAUAUACACACCUAUAUUAAACCUAAAAUUAUCUAAAUAGACUCCAAAAAUAUACUCACUAAAAUCAUCAGGUAUCAUAACUUGUGAAAUGUAUAAAUGAGUUUGUGUACUUGUGUUUUUUUUUGUGAUACAUAUGUACACGUGCACAAUAUAAUAUAUGUGUACACAUGAACUUCCAAAUUUUAAUUUUCAUGUGAUAUGCAUACUGAACAUACAAAUUCAACAGAUGCAUCCAAUAAUGAACUAAAACAAAUUACUCAAAUAAUUUUUCUAGCAACUAUACUAAAAAAUAUUUGAAUUACCAAAUAUCAUAAAUUGAGCAAUGUACAAAAUGUACCAGUGUACAUGUGAUUUUUCAUAAAACUUUGUACAUGGGGACAGUGAAAUAUAUGUGUACACGUGACAAUAUUUGACUUGGCUUAUACUCUAUAUAUUCUUUAACCAAAACCUAGAAAGAGAAAAAAAUUCUAUAAGUCAAAGAAUAGAAACACAAUCUUUGAUGGAAAAAUUACUUUUUAAAAAGAAAAUAUAAUUUUUAGAUUUUUCUUGUUCUAUAAAGAUAAAAUUUCUAAAUAUUCAUGGAAUUCUUAAUAUGAAUGAAUAUUCUAGAAAAUUCUUCGUUCAGGAACAAAUAUAGCAUUUUUUAGUUUUGCUUAAGAUAAUUUUUUUUACACACAAAUUUUGAUUUUAAUGGUUAAGAUGCAAAAUUAGAUUUAUGGUUUUGGCCAAAAAUACAAUAUAUGGUUUUACAAGUUUAUUUUUACAGUGUGUACAUGUGAAUUAUUGCACAAGUUGAAUUGUGUACAUAUGAAUUGAAGUACACGUGGAUAGUAAAUUUGGUGUACAUAUCUAUAUACAAACACCAUUACAAUAAUGUACACAAAAAUAAUUCAUACUUCAAUAAUGUACAUAUGAAUUGAAGUAACGUGGAUAGUAAAUUUUGUGUACAAAGUGUUGUGUACAUAUAUCUACAUACAAACAUCAUUACAAUAAUGUACACAAAAAUGAUUCAUACUUCAAUAAUGUACAUUUGAAUUGAAGUACACGUAGAUAGCAAAUUUUGUGUACAUAGUAUUGUAUACAUAUAUCUACAUACAAACAUCAUUACAAUAAUGUACGCAAAAAUAAUUCAUACUUCAAUAAUGUACAUAUGAAUUGAAGUACACGUGAUAGUAAAUUUUGUGUACAUAGUGUCGUGUACAUAUGUCUACAUACUUUAAGGGCGAAACGAGCAAAAAACAAAAACUUAACAAUUGUUGCUCUCUAGUUUUCACUCUGCUACGAGAUAAAAAUGAACACUAGAAAUUUGGAAAUAAAAUUAAAAGUCGUUUGGCAACUUCGAAAGUCUAAAAAAUAAAGAUUAAAACACGAAGGACCAAACAUGAAAAUAUCAGAAUCUUGGCCAUUGUUGCUCUCGAGCUCAAACUCUACGACGGAGAGGAUGAGCCACAAGGACUCCAGACGGAAAUUAAGGUGGAUCUAGGGGCUGUAGCGUUUUGCGGUGAUUCUUCGACGAUGAAUGAGGCAAGAGUGAUGCGUAAGUGAUUUGCCGUUACGGUAGGAGCUAGCCGUUAAGGUAGAGCUGAGCAUGGUGGAGUGAUGCGGAGGCGAUGCUUCAACGACGAGUCGGCGGUGAGCAGCAAGUUACAUACCAAACAACACGUUGAGGGGUUAGAAUUCACAAUUUAAAAGUCUGGAUCGCAACUAGAAUUAUGUGGCCACAAAAAAAAAGUAAGGACUUGAAAAUACCAAAGAAAAAGAAAUUAUGAGGCACGUGGUCUUUUGCUCAGAUAAUUAUCUAAUUCAAUUUACUUUCUGCCUCGGGUCCACCACACAAUCCUUUUAAAACAAAAUUCAAAAUCCAACCACACAUAAAUAUCUGUAACCGAAAAAGAAGCGCUUAGUUAAGUUUUUUAAGGGCAAGUUAAGUCUUUUACACCAAAAACUACCUCAGUAUAACAAAGUGACUUAUCUUGUAAUAAAAAGACAGAAACUGCCUCUGGAUGUAAAUCACUCAUUUAAUUUGGACCAAACAUGGAGUAUGCGAGGUUCAACUUGCAACGUAAGAUCAAACUAAUAUAUCUCAUCGACAAUCUAGCCGAUACUAAAGUGCGAGUUUACGUCUUGUCCUGAAAAAUUACCACAAGCUACCACUUAGCUUAUUCGUAAAGUCUGAUCCUUUUGUGAUUUCUAUGAAAAAAUUGUAAACUUCGAGAAAAUUAAUUGAAUUUAUUAAAUUAUUAUUGGUUAAAAGUUAUUGAAAAUUAAAAAUUACAGAAAACGAUAUAUUUAUUAUGAUAGUUUAAUGUGUUUUUUUAAUAUGUAUGAAAAUCUAAAAAAAAUAUAUCUUUAUGGAAUGUAUUGAGUACUUCAUUAGGAUAUUCAAAGUUUAGAAUUCCUAACAUUUUUUUUGUCUUUGUAGUUUCAUCCACCCAUGGUACAGAGUGUAUUCAGAAUAUAAAUGUAGUUAUCUGUUUAAUACAAGUAAAUUUGAGAGCAUAUGCAAAACAUGUAAAUAAGAUAGUCACAGAAGUUGACGUACGCAUAAAAAGAACUGCAUAUUAUAAGAUUUUAUAGAAGUGUUCGUAUAACACAUGUGACAAGUAACGAUCGUGGUUCAUUUACAUAGUCUUGUUAAGGAUUGUUCACGCGAGUCCAAAUUAAAGAUCAAAUCGUAUCAUGGCGACAUCUUAUUUGAUGCCUCUUUUUAAAUGUUCUUAACGAUUCAAGCAUCAAAACGUUACAACGGUUCAUAAUUAAUUAUCCGGUUAUAAAGAAAAUUCAAGAAAAAUAAACAGGAGCAGCUAAGUGUUGACCGCCAUUCUUACUUUAUAUGUGACUUUCAUAUAUUAUAAACCUGUAUAAAAUUUUAAAAAUACUUGUAUUCAGUUGUAUAUAAUAAAUGCCAUAAAUCAAAAGUCAGAUCUUAGGAGCAUCCAUGUCGCAAUCUAAAACGAGUGGAAAAAAAAACACGAAGUUGUCUCUCUUUUCCUUUUGAACUUGCGUUCCUUCUAGUAAUAAGUUGUGGUCUACCACAACUAUGUAAUUCAGAAAAUGGUAUGAAUUUAACAUUUCAACCAAAAAAAAAAAAA